UCCUGGGAGUUUUCCAACAACUCAGGGCAGGUGACUUGGAAACGGCCGACCUUGGACAAUAUAAGCAACGCCUCUGCCUCCCACGUCUGUCUAGCUCCGCUGGGGUGACCUGGGUUCUUUCUAGUUGUAUGAGCUCUUCUGGAGUCGACAGCGGGGAUCUGCGUUGGUUAUCGGAUUGAGGAACCGGGAGAAGCGCACACCCGAGACGUCCCCGCCCACAAAGGAAGCUGCAAAACUCGCGAAUUGUCACCCAGACGUGUCAACGUUGAUCGGGAGCCAGCAGUGAGCUGCCGGACCCAGUUUAAUUUUCAAGCAGGCUGUCUUUUUCGCCCUGGGCGCCUGAGGAGGAUCGGAGCCCGCGGGCGGAGAAGUGGCGCCCGCCCCUCCGUCGCUCCAUCCCAGACCGUUGCCUCAGGCUGGCUCCGCUCCUCAUCAAUCACCGCCUCCCACUCCCCGAACACCGUCCUCUGUUAGUCUUUCCCCCUCCUCGCUCGCUCUUGGGCUGACCGUUUUGUUGUGCGAGUCAUGUCCGCCCGCGUCUGGUUCGUGACAGAUCGCAGGAUCCUGCAGGAUUACCCUCAGCAGGAGAUCGAACGCGCACUCCGCCAAAAAUGCGCCGAGGAGGAGGUAGAGUUUCGCAUGGUCCUGAUGGACGAGAUAGUCAUCACCAUCGAGCAAGGAGCUUUGGGACUGCGUAUCAAACAGGAGCUGAUAACCAGCUACCCUCAGGUGGUGGUGGUAAGAGUUCCCACUCCUUCAGUACAGAAUGACAGUGAUAUAACAUUAUUGCGCCACCUUGAAAAGAUGGGCUGUCGCUUAGCCAAUCGCCCUCAGGCCAUAUUGCACUGUGUUAACAAGUUCUGGACAUUCCAGGAACUAGCUGGUCAUGGAAUACCAUUACCUGACACUUUCUCUUAUGGUGGUCAUGAAAAUUUUGCAAAAAUGAUUGAUGAAGCUGAACCUUUGGGUUAUCCGGUAGUUGUUAAAAACACACGAGGUCAUCGAGGUAAAGCAGUAUUCCUGGCACGAGACAAGCAUCAUUUAUCAGAUUUAUCUCACCUAAUACGACAUGAUGCUCCAUACCUUUUCCAGAAAUAUGUAAAGGAAUCCCAUGGGAAGGAUAUCCGUGUAGUGAUGGUGGGAGGCCGUGUAAUUGGUGCGAUGUUGCGCUGCUCCACCGAUGGAAGAAUGCAAAGCAAUUGUUCACUAGGAGGUGUUGGUGUGCUGUACCAGUUGAGUGAGCAGGGCAAGCAGUUGGCAAUCCAGGUUUCCAAUAUUUUGGGCAUGGACAUUUGCGGUAUCGAUCUGCUCAGAAAAGAUGAUGGUUCAUUUGUAGUGUGUGAAGCCAAUGCAAAUGUAGGAUUCAAAGCCUUUGACAAAGCUUGCAAUUUGGAUGUAAGUAGUAUCAUAGCGGACUAUGCCUUGUCGCUACUGCCAAGCAGACUAACCAGGAAAAUGUCACUUCUUUCUGUAGUUUCUAGUGCUAGUGAAACAAGUGAGCCAGAGGUGGGGGCUCCUGCUAGCUCCAUCCCGGAGAGUGUAUUCACCAUGAGUGUGGGAUCGAGCUCCAGCGAGAGUGACCCUGAAAUAGUGGAGGUCAGGGACACUGACACUACUGUUUCCAAAUCCAUGCACACUGUACUGCCUGAUCCAGGCUACAACAUGAACAAUCUCAUAAAUACUGAAAUUAAAAUAUUGAGUGAGUGAAAUGAGGAAGCUCUACUAACAGGUAUAAACAGAAGUGCUUUCCUAGCUCAGCUGGAUGAAAAGGAUAAAGAAUUAUCUAAAGGGAUGUGAUGUAAUUUUUUUCCUUGCGUAUUAACUAUUAAGUCUGAAUUUGUGCAUAAACCUGAUCGAUUACAACCAUCAGCCCACUCCAGGUGGGUUAUCGUGUCUUGAUGCCAUUGGGGUUGGUGGAAGUGUUUGUUAACCACGACCUUUAAACUUAAAUCAGUAACACAAUAGGAUGAUUGAUUAAAAGACAUUGCCUUGCAAUAAGAAGGUAGUUGGUUAAUGUCUUAAAGGCAGAUAACAGUUAAUGUUGUGGGGGAAAGCCUUCAUCAGUUCUAGUUGGGAAGUGCAUUGCCUCUACUUGACAUCUCCCUAUGUUGGCAUGGUUGAAUUUCUGCAUUUUGAAUCAAUCUCUUACCUCUAUACAAUGAACUGCCCUUCUAUGUUAUUUUCCUUUCCUUAGAUGAGGUAAUUUUCAUGUUCCUUGUUUUCUGUUUGCUAUAUUAGCAGUGCUACUUGAUAAAAUCUGCCUAUACAGAACAUUUUUCAGUAAUUUCUGUGGUAACAGUUUAAACUGAUGUGCUAAUUAACAAAUCUGUCAUUUAGUAUACUGGAGCAUGUAGUCACUUACAAACCUGUAUUUCAGUUGGCUUCAAAACAAAAUAAGGGUGAUAGGGAAAAAUUACAGCACACACCAAAUAUAAUACAAGCUGCAAUUUUGAUUCUUACACUCUCAUUAAAAAGAACAUUCUUGAAUUGUAGGGCUAAAAUACUGAGAUUAUAAAUUCUUGCAGAAAAUUAGAGAAUUUAAUUCCCAGUGUGAAAAGAUACAUGGUUCAUCAUCUGAUAAUCUGAAUAGGUUUCGGAGUUUGGAAUAUGAUGUUGUCUACCAGGCAAAUUAAUGGAUAAAGGAGGUUAUGUUGAGGAUAUGAGACUAGAUAUGAUGGGAAAACAAGUUGCUUGGAAAAAGUUCCCCUUUGUUUUAAAGUGAGAGCAUCUUAAUGAAGAUUCAGUUAUGAGAUCAAUAACUUCGUAAUUUUUAUCAACUCAGUUGAUUAAUUUGUAGCUCCAUACAAACAAUCUUAGGCAUAACAUGGAAAUAUCAGGGAAAUAAAUAGGUUUUAUAGUCUCAUUCUUUGACAAUAUCCUUUUGCUUCACGAGCAACUAAAUUGAUAUGUGGUAUGAAGCCCGUGUUUUCAAUCAUUUUAAUUUUGCUUCCCAAUACUUCUACCAGCAUUACAGUUUAAAAUGAACAUAAACUAGUUGUCCCAUUUAAACUAUUUUCUCCAAUAUUUUACCCUGUUUAUUAUUGUGCAUUAUGCUGAAAUGUGAAAUGCUUAUCUGCACAGUAACCAGUUGAUUUAACAGAUGGUCCACAAGGUGCCAUAUAUACACACACAUAGUAUCUCAAAGCUAAUAAUUUUAAAAUCAUUUUACAUAAUUCAGAAUCUCAAAUUUGAUGUUUAUAUGCUGAAAUAUCAUUAUCUGUUAAAUAGUUAAUAUCCACAAAAUGUGUGAUUAUAGAGAGAUGGACUGGAUUAUUUCAGAUAUAUAAGAAGCCAACUCCAAAGAUGGUCAUCAAGCCUCUGUUGUAAAAAGAUGGUGUCUGUAUUUAUGAAUUAUAGAUUCCAGUAUGAUUAACACAUUAGCAUCAUAUUGUGCUUUUUGAGUUUCAGUAAUUGGUGAGUUUGAGUGCACAUUACUGAUUGUGUGACUCUUGGAGUAUAAAUGUCAGCAAGCACAAAGUUAUGACAUUUUAAACAAACUAGGAUUACAAUGCAGUAAUUUGAAACUAAAUUUAUUUAGAAAUAUUCGAGAUUCAAAAAUAGCUCAAAUAUAAGCUUUUAUCAUCAUUACUGUUGUAAAUACUUAAAAGCCAUCAUCUUAUCUAGCUAUUGCAUAAUAAAAAAUCAAGUAAAAUGGCUCCAUUAAGUGGCAAUUAGUAUGUGGGAUGAACUGCAUACUAACCACAUUAAUGGAUUAAAUAUAUCAAUUUUUAAAAAUGACAAUGUUGUAUUAAAAAUAAUUAUUACAUUGAGAUUGAAGUAACCAGAUUUUCAGAACAUAUUUGGCCAUAAGAUUUGUUUAUGUUUGCUGAAUCUUGACCUAUUGCCCAAAGAAAUUUCCUUGAGAUGCUGAAGAAAACCAGGUCUCUAAAUGUAAUAGAAGUAUUUCUGUACGCAGGACUCACUUUGAUUGCAUGCUCCACAAUAAGCUGUAUGUGUAUCUCACAAAUGCUUACAUAUUCACGCAAAUAUGGUGUUAGGCACUCUGUGCACAAUUGCUAUCCAAGAAAGCUCUGAUGUAGUUUGUUGAUCUGUGAGUACUUAAAGCAGUAAAAGACAGGUUCUGACUGCAGUGAUCUGUACAUGAAGACCAUAAUAUGUGUCUGCACAACAGAUAUGUUUUAUUUAAUUAAUUCCUUCUGGGAGAACUGCAUUUACUCAACAUAUAGAGAGAAAGUGGUGAAGGUGCUUGGCAGGACACAUAUAAUCCAUGAAGCGAGAUAAACAAAGAUACCAUUUUAGAUCUACUUUUUUCUUGCAUGUAGCAUUUUCUGUUUUUAUUCUGAUUUUCAGAAGCUAGUUGUUUUUGCAGAUGUAUUAUAUAUAAUUCAAUUAACUUGAAAAUUAUUGCAGUUUUAAAGGAGUUGGAAGAUUUGCACCAAUGUUUCCUCAAAGUAAUUGUCUUUUUAAGAUGGUUUGUGAAUAUUUACUUCUAUAAAGUAUAUGAUUUACUGCAAUUUUUAAACAACAUCUAUUUUGGAAAAUAUCUCAAAUUCCAGGCGUUGCUUUCAAAUAAUAAUCGCCAGCUCCUGCUUUUCAAUAAAUAUUAACAAUUCUUGGAAACAUUUCAGCUGCAUUAAGGAAUCAAAUAAGGACUUACUUCAUGCAGUUAAACAUUGACUAAAUAUCUCAAAUAUUUUUGCAUACCAUUUCUUGACAACUAAAGACAUAAAUGCAUCACUUUGACUUUGGUGUGCCUGGACUAGAGGGACAAGGGAAUUAAUCUCCAGGAGAAAGUAUAAACAGUACCAAAAAAUUAAACCAGAUUUGGUUCUUAUUUUCCAGUAGUGUUUGUAAUAUUCUGGUUUUGACUCCAAGUCAUAAAGCCUACUAAUGUUUGCUACUCAAACUUGCAUUUGAAGUGCCUGAGAUUCACCAAGUUUAACUGUCACCUAAUCUUUAGAGCAGUAAAAACAAGGGAGAAAUGCAAUUUUUUUGCCACCUUUCUGAAUGCUUUCAACAGCAAACAGAAAAUUCUAUGUGCAGUUAACAACAUUUAUUGCACAAACAGUAUACUUCCACAAUCCUCACAUUUUUUCCAAACAACAUGGGUUAGCCUUGAUGUUUUAUCUAAAGAAAUUCCUUGAUUUCUCUGUAAAAGUGAUAUUUUAAGAAUGACAAGGUUUCAAUCUAGAUUAAAAUGUAACUGAAAAAAUGAAGGCACAUUUUCACAUGCACUGUUAAUGACUCUAUCCUUUCUCUGUGUUCUCUUUGAAUUGUGCCCUUCCCCUUUUGAAAUUGUGCAUCUUUACAAAGGUGGCUUUAAAUUUGGAAUUUUCUGUCAUCUUUGUGAACAUCUAAAAUUUGGGUAUAUGAAUGGGGGGGAUGUCUAAUGUCAUUGAGGGAGAGACAUAACUAAUAAAGCACAUACAGUUUUUGUGUGAAAUUGGAGAGUUCUAAACUGAUAGAAAAUUACAUACAAAUAGAGAUGGUUUGCAAUUUCAGAGCAUUUAAGAGGAUGAAGGGCCUCUGUGUUUGCACAAGUAAGUCCUGAAAAAUUUAGUGUAAUUAACUAUGGUAACUGUGACAAAAUUUUUUUAAAAAACAGUAAUUCAAAGUGAAUAUGGUGAUAAAGAAGCAACAGGAGUGUUUUUGAUGCAUUGCCCCAUCUCUUUCAGUGAUUUAAAAUAUUAAAGUUUUUACUGAGUAAUACUGUGACAAGUUGCAUGUGCAAUGGUUUGCACAGUGGAAGUAUCCUGGUUAAAAUAAGACUUUUAACACUUGGGUGAACCUGUGAGAUAAUUCAUGAUUUGCAGUUAGCUGUUGAGUAAAUCUAAAAUCUAAAUUGAUUUUACUUUUAUAAUCUAAUGGUGAUUUUAAACAAAAAUUAAACAUUGCACGCCAUACACUUGGAGAAUUUUUACAGAUGUGAAUUUCUUUACCUGCACAAUGUUCCUUUCUAUGGAUUGUGUUCUGAAUGUAAACAACAAACAAGUGUCAUGUAGUUGCUAACCCUAUGCAAUGUAGUUAUCAGAAAUAAUUGGAGGAAACUAAUAAAGGACAUACUAAUAACUUUAAUUAUGCCAUUCACCACUCUCUACCAAAAAUACUAAAAAGUUGCACAAUAUUUAGAUGGAGACACUGGCAGAAAAUUUAUCCUUUCAUUCCAAUUUGGUUUGAGAUGUGAGCACUGGAACAGAAAUAAUUAUUGCAGAUCUUUAGCAUUUGCAACACCUUCAGAGGAUUUCUUUAACAUAAUCCCUGAAAUUGUAAGUGAGUGUCCUAGAAUCAGCAUGAUAGUACAGGCAGAGAAAUAAAGCUGACUCCACUAUGCAGGAAAAAAACUGGAAUUCCUAAUUUAGUGUUAUAUCACAUUCCAACACCUGUCAUUUUGCCCUAGCAGACUUCAGAGCAGUUCAUUUUAGAGUGUGAAACUGAGACAACUAUGCCAAUCCUGAUACUUGGGUGUGUUUUCAGACCAAUUGAAGGAGAGCAGGAGAGGAAAACCUGUCCUAUUCUCCGGGCAUAAAUAGUAUGUUAUGCAUAUUUACGUAGGUAGGAAUUAAAUCAACUUGUAUUUAAGAGGAAAAUGUAUUUGAACAUCUGAAAAUGAGUUUAUGCUUUUACAGCUUAUUUCGUAAACAGUGUUCUUUAAACAUUGGGGUAGGAAUGGGAGGGAAAGGUAUGAAAAUGUACACUGUAUGAAUAAGCUGUAAGUGUUCUGAUGCACUGAACUGUACAGCUAUGAAGUUUGAAUUUAUUGAUGGUUUUACUAACUGCUUUUCUCUGUAGAGCAUUGUUUAGAGCAAAAUUGUUUUUUUUGUGAAAGUAUGCCUGCAUGUUAGACUGGGUGCCUUGCUCAAAUGUGAUUGAUGCAGUAGUCAGAAGGCCACGAAUAAGAUAGGGUAUAAGGCAUUUGCACAACCAGGUAUCCUUGACAACAUUAGGAAAAUAAUUGAAGCAGUUUUACAUAUUAACUCUUUAUGAUUUGUGUAAAUUACUUUUACCGGAGAUAGUUUGGGAGAUGUGCAUUACAUUUGUUUUCAGUCAUCCUUGUUGGGAUAAAGUAGCACCAUGAGCAGCAUUUCCAUUCUGGUCAAUGUAUUGUGUAAAGUAACCCACUACUUGUUUCUUUUUGGGUAAACUACAAUAAGCUAAAGGGUGAUGCAGUUUAUUAUUUUCAGAAUGUAUAUCCUUGAUUUUACAUUGCAUUUGCAACAUGGUUUGUGAUAUAGGAUCUGCCAAUAGCGGAAUGUGCAAUUACCUUGUCUUCAGGAUCAAACACCCAGGAGUUGUAAAAGUGACUGUGGCAUUCAAACAGUGCAAAAUAAAAUUAGAGCAUGCAUUCUGUUCAAAAUAAUCUAUUAGACCCUUGGGCUGCAGUUCUGAAUGGUGUAAUAAUGAUUUGCACCAAAAGGAUCUUGUAUAUAAGUUGUGAAUUUUUAUAAACCUAAAUUUGUAGCUUUUUUUUUAUCUUGUCCAAAUGGCAGCUAGAAUUUGCAAAUUUAUAAACUUGCGUAAAUUUUUCAUCUUUUUUCACAGAAAAUGAUAUUUUAUAAAUUUAAACUUUUUAAAAAACAUUUUUACUUUUUAAUAAAUAUUGUUCUACUUGUGAAUUGUCAUUUGAAUAUGAAGCUAAAGUAGAAAAUGUUCCACUUGUAGACCUGGUGCUGCUUUGUGCUACUUGCGCAGCUUUGUUGUAUAGCUUUUUUGUUGACAUCUGAGUGACUGCAGCCCAAAGGUAUAAUAAAACAUAUUAACUCAUUUUAUGAUUUUGAUUCUGAUGAUAUAUGAGUGAUACCCUUUGCCAUAAAUGCAAACUACCCUUUUGCUUUUGCCAUGAAGAAACAAACUCUUAGCUAUUUUGGUCUUUUUGGGCAAUCAUUCUAUUACAACAGUGGGUUACUAAUUGUUUUUUUGCAUUGUGUGUGUGUGUGUGUGUGUGUGAGAGAGAGAGAGAGAGAGAAAGAGAGAGAGCACAAGGUAUGUCUUUUGUGAUUUGUAAAGAUGUUAAGAGUGUGGUUAAAUGGUAAGUGGUUGACUUGGCAUUAUUUGAAAAUUUGAAGGACUAAUGAAAUUGAGAAUACUUGGUAGUGGGUUCAUGAACAUUUGAAUGGGAGUAAACUGAAUUCUUGAAAUCAGUAUUGUACUUUCCUUCCUAUGUGUAUGUGAAUUUUUAACAAUAAACCAACUGGAGUUUUAUUACAUUUGUAGAUGUGUAAAUGGUUGUGAUUUGAACUACACAAAUAACAGAAAACAUGAAAACAUUUACUAUCACAUUCUUAGAAUAUUUUUGAAAUAGUGUCUUUUAAGAUUCAGUUUAAAAGCAAGCACUUCAAACAAUACAUGAUAGAAUAACAGGAUACCUCUAUUUAGAUGCUAC